UCUGUUGAAGCUUUUAAAAUCCGCUAGAGAAAAUUCCGGUUGUUUUAUCGGGAAAAUCUCUAUCUUUUCCUAACGGCUUUUGGCCUCCGGCGUCAAACUUUCCGUUGCCGUUGCCGUUUUCGGUUUCGCUUCUCUCUCUCUCUCUCUCUCUCUCUGUAUUUAUACAUAGAAACACAAACGUCCUCUGUUUCCGGUUUUAGAUUCUCUAUGAAUCGUAACAACACGCCUUCUCCGAUUUUGAUUCCAAAGUACAUGGUGACAUGCAUAGCCUAGAGUUUGCUGUCGAGUUGGCUUCUGUGACUGGAAUUGUGGGGUCAAGAAAUUCUACACUUCUUCUUCUUCUGCAUCUGGAUUAAGAUGUCAAGCCAAGAAGGGUGGGGAACUCAAGAUGAAAUUAGAGAUAGAAGAGCAGAUUUUGAGAAUUCUGAAGAAGAGAGAAGACGCUCAAGAAUUUGCAACCUCAGGAAGAAGGCGAUAAAUGCUUCUAGUAAGUUCACUCAUUCUCUUAAGAAAAGGGGAAAAAGAAAAAUAGAUUACAGGGUUCCCUCCGUUUCCAUCGAAGAUGUACGGGAUGCGGCGGAGGAGAUUGCUGUCCAAGAAUUGCGUCAAAAGCUCCUUGACAAGGACUUGUUGCCUGCUAGGCAUGAUGACUACCAUACUUUAUUGAGAUUUUUGAAAGCUAGAGACCUUAAUAUUGAGAAAACAAUUCAAUUGUGGGAUGAAAUGCUUAAAUGGAGAAAAGAAUUUGGAACAGAUACCAUAUUGGAGGAUUUUGAAUUUGGCGAGCUUGAUGAAGUAUUACAGUAUUACCCUCAAGGGUACCAUGGUGUUGAUAAAGAAGGGAGGCCUGUUUACAUAGAAAGACUGGGAAAAGCUCAUCCUAGUAGGCUCAUGCAAAUCUCCAGCAUAGAGCGAUACAUAAAGUACCAUGUGCAAGAAUUUGAGAGGGCUCUGCAGGAAAAAUUCCCUGCCUGUUCAAUUGCUGCAAAGAGACGGAUAAGUUCUACGACGACUGUACUUGAUGUGCAAGGCUUGGGCAUGAAAAAUUUCACGCGCACUGCUGCAAAUCUUCUGGCUUCUAUGACAAAGAUAGACACCAAUUACUACCCUGAGACUUUACACCGGAUGUACAUUGUCAAUGCUGGUCCUGGAUUUAAGAAGAUGCUUUGGCCGGCUGCUCAGAAAUUUCUUGAUGUAAAGACAAUUGCGAAAAUACAGGUGCUGGAACCCAAAUCCUUAUGCAAAUUACUGGAAGUGAUUGAUUCAAGUCAGUUGCCAGAUUUUCUGGGUGGAUCAUGUACAUGUGUUGCUGAAGGAGGCUGCCUCAGGUCUAGUAAAGGCCCAUGGAAUGAUAUCGAGAUAAUGAAGCUUCUGCAUAAUGCUGAAGCAACAUUUGUGAGGGAAGUAACCAGAGUGUCUAAUGACCAGCAGAUAUUUGACUCAUACGUUCAGAUACGGCCACUGAAGGGUAGAGCAUAUGAUGCAUCAAUUGCUGAGUCAGGGUCAGAUAUUGAUAUUGAUGAUCCUUGUUCGUCACUAGGACAAAGGAAUUCUACACUUUCUGCUUUGGGUGCAGUUGAUGAAGAAGCAUCAGAUCAAAGUGCGUACUACACCUGUGAUGAUCAUUUUCCUCUUGUUGAGAAAUCUGUCACAACUAAUCUGGGACAUGAUCAGAAUCUGUUAUUUGAUUGUUGUAUGAACAAUGGUUCUCGUGAGGCAACAUCAAACUCAGAAGGUAGUUCAGUCAGCCAUCAACUUGACUCUGUGAAAGAUAAAAUGGAGAAGAGAAAUUUCCCUCGUGUGGCGAGGUUGAUGAUAUCUUUCCUGGUCAGACUAAUACCAUUUUCACAUAUUCUAAGACUGGAAUUUUGGAGAAGGCAGAACAACAAUGUUUACCCAUCUAAUUUGGUGGAAAACAUCACCGACACUAAUUCAUCAGCGCCUGAAGCUGUGGAAGAAGACCAUGUCCUUCCAUGUUUACAGCGUCUUCAACAACUAGAAAAAGUAUAUGAGGAACUCAGCAAUAAGCCUGCCACCAUUCCAUUAGAAAAAGAACGAAUGCUUAUGCAAUCUUUAGACAGGAUUAAGUCAGUUGAAUAUGAUCUUGAGCAAACAAAAAGAGUGCUGCAUUCUGCCGUGGUGAAGCAAGUUGAGAUUGCUAAUUUGCUGGAGAAUCUAGAUGAGUCCAGAUUUCAUCGAAAGAGACUGUUCUGUUAAAUAGGUAAUCGUAGUGGAUAAGAGUAAAGAAGUAUGAUGCAGAAGCUACAGCAAGCAAUAUACAGGCUGGGAAGAGGCACUUGGAAUUUGGAAUACAGUUUCUCUUCCCCAUCCCUCUUUUAUUUUUCUUUUUUCUUUUCUUAAAACCGGGCUGUAACCUUUUGCUGCUUUUGGAACAGAACAGAGCAGAGAUGAAAAGAAUGAAUGAAAUUUUGCACAAUGCGGCAUCACUCUGUUACCGGGAAAUAUUUUCUAGGUCUUAUAACUCCUUAGAACAGGUCCAGUGCCAUGUAUAUAAAGAAAAUUACAGUGUAACAGAGAUUCUAAGUAGCUUUCAGGCCAACAACCAACGCCACUAUUUUCAUAUAUCCUUGCAUUACUUAUUAGUCAACCGAUACUGUUAUAACAAUCUAACAUAGUUCAACUCUAUUUACUUGCAAUAAUAAUCAGAAGAUUGUUCAUAGUUGAACUAUAAGUGAGAAGAAUCCUGCUGCUAAAGGUUGAGCUGAUAUGAGAUUACUUGAUGAGUGGGCGAUCUUGAUUCCGGGUGAACACGAAUGUGCUUCUGAGUUCAGAAGUGUAGUUCUCAGAAGUAGUUUUGGAAAAUCUAUGCCAUGGUGGGCUGGAGCAUCAUUGAUCAUCAACAUUAUUAAUUAGAGUGUGAGUUUCUGGCGACAGCGCGAUUUAGUUGGAUAGCCUAAUUUCUCAUUAGUAUAGAUAGUGACCUCAGUUCAUAUGUGCAACAGUGGGAAGGAAAUGCUUCAAUGCUUUUAUGAAUUGU